AUGGUCAACUGGGCUUUCGGGUGCCUAUUUUUACCGCUAGUGUCCGCGGCGGACCUUUUUUAUGAGCACCUGCAGUUUGUGGACUGGUCAAUGGAUCCGUGUCAUAAUUUCUAUCGACACGUAUGUCCAGAAACACUACGCGACGAGGAGACAGUUGUGCGCAAGUUUUUCGAUCAGGAUUUGCUGAACUAUUGGAUAAAAGAUGAGAGGAAGAUGUCGGCGCUUGAGUUGGCCAUCCCAUUGGCGAAGAGACACUGGCUAUCGCCUCCAGACAUUCAAGAAGCCAAUCGAGCCCAAAAGUUCCUGCAAGCACUCCGCAUCCGCGAUGAUGUCCUCGAUUACAUUGAUCAGAACAAUCUCCUACCACAAUCCUAUUAUUACCAAGUGCGCGAGAAAAUCGGGCAAAUAGUCGCGGUGAUCAAGGACGAAAUUUCGAAUUCCACGUACGACCAGAUGGACUUGGCAACGAAGCAAUUUUUCGAGGGUCAAGCCGCAAAUACAAUCAUCGAGAUCGGAAUGUCGAAUUUUGUGAGCCGGCGAUUCAAUCACACCGAUUUUUAUUGGGUUUUGAAUAAACUAUACGAGGCGCAACCCACACAGGGGUCUUCUCUAUCUAGUCUGCGGGCUGUGGUGAACCUGGUGAUUUUGAUCAACAAGGUCGAGGGUUUCGCGAUUCCGAAUGCGAAUCGGAUGCUAAAGGGAAUCGAAUUUGGCGCUGUAAACUUUGAAGGCGAAUACGUGAUGAUCCCCGAAUCGGUGUGCCUAAUGGCGAGGACAACGUCUGAAAGUGCUUGGUACGGUUCGAUGGGUGUUAUCGUGGCGCACGAGCUGCAGCACAGCCUAUUUUGGGACAAAGGACAAGCCCACAACGCGUUCACGCGCGACCAAAAGUUGCGCGAAUCGAGGGAGUGUUUGGAGGACCAUGUGAUGCGAGUUUGCCGGAUGUUCAACCACGAUUUUUGGAACCAUUCUACACCAUGCAUUGAAGCCGGGUCAUCAUCAACUCGGGUGUGUUCAUGCAUGGAAGCCGCCGGAAAAACUUAUACUGAAGACGUAGCAGAUCAAGAAGGAAUUCAAGCCGCCUACCAAGCCAUGAAAAGGACUUUAGGGCCGGAAAAGAUGCAGGAACCCGCCUACAAAGAUUAUCCAGAAGUUACGAAUGAGAAAAUGUUUUUCUAUGCGACUGCGGCUGUCAAUUGCGCCACCGACCCAAAUCUUCACUACCGAGAGGGCAGCGAGCACUCCGCGAAAUACCUACGAACGAUGGCCGAGAUGACGUUGAUGCCGGAAUUCCGGAGGGUAUUCCAGUGCUCGGAUGAUAGCAGGAUGGGACAAUUGAGCGUUGCGCGCAGCAACAAUUGCGACCAAUAUGGGACCACAAAACGCCGAAUGCUCCAAGAACGAGUUCUCAAAUCCCAUAUUCGA